GUUUCUCGGGGCUUUUUAUGAUUGCGGUUUCCUGAGCUGCUGAGGAGUGAAGAAACUCAGCCCGGCGCCUGGACUGAAGAACCAGUCCAGGCCUUCCACCGAGGGCUUUAGCCCUCACACCCCCAGGCCAGGAGCCAGCAGGAAUCCCAGACACCACAACAGGCUCCAUCUGGGGUCCAGUGGCCCCAGCAGAGAGCUAGCACCUACUGGCUAUCAUGGAGGAACCCACCGUUAAAAGGGGCCUAAAGACAGUUCACCUCUACACUUCAGUCUGUGAAGACAUGGCCAGAUGUCCUCAGGUGCAGGGAUAUGUCUGGCACACACGCUGGUGUCAUAUCAAGUUCAAGGCCCUCAUGGUGUCUACAAGAAGAACCACAGCCACCCUGCACUCUGGGCCAGCCCCUCAGGGCUGCCCUUUCUACAAAGAGAUGGAGCGGGUGCUGCAGAUUAAGAUCAGUGCCAGCCCAGACAACCUCAGAAAGCAGAUCUAGCUCUGGGAUCUCCAUCACUACAACCAGUGGACCCAGGGGAAGAAAAAAAGUCAUUAGCAGAAAGAUGGGCCAGAAGGGCAGGGCGCUCUCCCAGGAGCAGCAGAAGCUCCAGAACCAGAGGUGGAGAUGCAGAUGAGCAUUGGUUUAAGCUGGAAGGGGAGGUACUAGAGCUGCCCAGUGACCUUGCUGAAGCCCAGCCCAACAAGACAGCUGAGACAGCGAUUAGCCAGGGUGCCCAAGGGACUGGGGCAGGUAACUGGCCAAAUGUGCUCCACCAAAGCCCUGCUGCCGUGGGACUGGGUGGAGCAGGAAAUCACAAAUAAUAAAACCCUCCAAGGACCUGCAGCUCCUGAAAAUUUAAGAAAAGAUGGUUUCAUGGCAGGUGUUGGAGCCAGCAUGUUAAAGCUGGAAAGGACAGCUGGAGACCGUCUUCACGUCUUACGUUUCACAGAUGAGAAAACUAAGCCAGAGGAAGGGAAUUUACAGAAGCUGACACUGCCCAGUUAACUCUGAUGCCGUCAGGAGACCCCCAGCUCAGUGAUCCUUCCUCUAGCUUCCAACUGACUCUUGCCUGAAAUGUACUUUAUGGUGGGUCAUCAUGGGAAUCUCUUCUAGUCUUGAAACUAGGGCCCGGAAAGAACGGGAUGACAACAGCUAGAAUUUCUCUUUCUUUUCUCCAACAGAAGCCCGGAGGAGGCAAGUCUCCAGCCAGAAACCAGCCUCAGAGAGAAACUCCAUCACCAGCCCCACCAGCUUCAGGGGAGUCUACAGCGCCCUCUAGUGGGCCAGGUGCGCCAGCUCCAGCCCAGAGCCAGACCCGCAGACUUGCUGCCGUGAUACCGCACAGCACAGGUGUGCCAACUGCCCUGGGAAUCAGCUGCCCGGCUGUAGUGCCACCAAGACCAGAACAGUCCCCACAUGGGAGUCCUGGUCCAGAUGGUCCAAGACACAGCCAGCACCAGGAGGCAGCAGCCAUUCUUUAGGACACUGCUGGUGAUGUCCAUGAUGGGGUGGCCCUCCUAGGGUCACCUCUAGGCCACCUUGCACUCAGGGUGCACCAUUAAGGGUGGCUGCAGUGGCUGAGGGCUUGAUGGUGGGCAUCCUGUUUCCAUCCUGAGUUCCCUCAGGGCAUACUGUCUGGGCAGCUGCAACGUGAUGGCUUUAUGGCCGCACCAUCCUUUGUUUACUAAAACGGCAGGCAGCAUUUUUCAUUCAUAGCUUUUAGGGAGAGGUUCAACCUUCUCAGCUUGGCACGCUGCCCCAGCCAGCCUCUGCAGUCUCACACUCCCCCCUCACCCUGGCCUCCAGCCUGCAGAUCUCCCAAGCGACCACACCGUGUCAUCCCUGUGCCUUCUGCAGGCCCCACUUCUGGGAGCUCCUGCCACGAUGCUGUCUGUCCUUCACCACUCAGCUCAGGGUCACCUCUUACGUGUCUACUCAAUUUGAGGCUUCCCUUCUCAUCAGCCGCACGCCAGUUCUUAUCACAAUGGCUCUUACUGUGUCUUAGCUUUACCUCUGCUCAACCUUUUCCCCCACUGGAAUUCUUGAAGGCAAGGAACGUCUCUUUCAUCGUUGUAUACCUACUUCCAAGUACACAGCAGGCUCAUAAACUGUUUAGUGAAUGAAUGAUCUGAAGAGUAUUUGCACUCACGGGGAAGGAGAGGGUGAGAGAACGGCCCCAUGGCCUGGAGGGUUCCUGGGCAGCUUCAGCAUACCUGUAACCUCUUCCAGGUGUGACGCACUUCAGCUGAGCUUGGGAGCACGGACUCGUUGACUGUCAGAGGUGGAACAGACUUCAGAACUCAAGAGUAGCGGGUUGGAGAGGGGAUGGGACAACAGAAGCAGAGGUCAAAAAGGAGGGAAGAUGCUUUGCAGCUGGUUUUGAAGAUGGAGAAAAGGCCACGAGCUGAGGAAUGCAGGUGGUGUCCAAACACCAGAGAAGGCGAGGAACAAAUGCUCCGCUAGAGCCUUGGGAGGGAGCAGAGCCCUGCCUGUGUAUUGACAGUAGCACACUGAGACUGAUCUCAGACAUCUGACCUCCAGAACUGAAUGGAGAAGGGAGGGUCAACACGGAAAGAAGAAAGAAGGCCUGGAGAAGUUCAAGUGCAAAAGCAGGAUGGACAGUCAUCACCCCAAGUCGACCAGGCCUGGAAUGCCAGGGAGUAAGAGAGUGCCUGCAUCCCACCUGUGGCAAAGCUGACUUGCCUUCAACACUUGGGAAUAAUGGCUGCAUCCCUGACAGCUGAGGCUGCAGUGAAGGCCAGGACCGGCAUGACAUGAAGAAUUACUGAAAGGACUUGGGAGCCAAGAGAAGUCCUCCAGACAGAAAUCAACUGAAAAGCCAUGGACAGGACACUCUGCCAAAGCAGGGAUUCCGACUCCCAGCCGUUCAACAGAGAAUGCCGUGUGCUUUUGCUCAUGAGCCUAACUUAGAGGAUACAGGAUUGACUGCAGUGAGCUGUAAGUGGGUGUAUCCUUCCCCUGGCAACACACCAAUAGACGGAAUGACAAAGUCCGAAGGUUCAACCUCAGUUUUCCAUCCUGGGCAUCACAGAAGCCACGUGACCACGGGAGGUUACCCAGCCUUUAUCCAUCUCACCUGUGAAGCACUAAGUGGUGGUCCUUGUCAGGGUGCAGGUUGCAUCCCGUGCAGCCAUGACGACCGCCAUCCUGGAGCGGCUGAGCACCCUGUCGGUGAGCGGGCAGCACCUGCGCCGCCUGCCCAAGAUCCUGGAGGACGGGCUGCCCAAGAUGCCCGGCACCGUCCCCGAGAGCGACGUGCCCCAGCUCUUCCGGGAGCCGUACAUCCACGCCGGCUACCGCCCCACCGGGCACGAGUGGCGCUACUACUUCCUCAGCCUCUUCCAGAAACACAACGAGGUGGUCAACGUCUGGACCCACCUGCUGGCGGCGCUGGCCGUCCUCCUGCGGUUCUGGGCCUUUGUGGAGGCCGAGGGCCUGCCGUGGACCACCGCCCACGCCCUGCCCCUGCUGCUCUACGUCCUGUCCUCCAUCACGUACCUCACCUUCAGCCUCCUGGCCCACCUGCUGCAGUCCAAGUCCGAGCUCUCGCACUACACCUUCUACUUCGUGGAUUACGUGGGCGUGAGCAUCUACCAGUACGGCAGCGCCCUGGUCCACUUCUUUUACAGCUCCGACCAGGCCUGGUACGAGCGCUUCUGGCUCUUCUUCCUGCCCGCAGCCGCCUUCUGCGGCUGGCUGUCCUGCGCCGGCUGUUGCUACGCCAAGUAUCGUUACCGGAGGCCUUACCCGGUCAUGAGGAAGGUCUGCCAGGUGGUGCCGGCGGGGCUGGCCUUCAUCCUGGACAUCAGCCCCGUGGCACAUCGCGUGGUCCUGUGCCACCUGUCUGGCUGCCAGGAGCAGGCGGUCUGGUACCACUCCCUCCAGAUCGUCUUCUUCCUGGUCAGUGCCUACUUCUUCUCCUGCCCGGUUCCGGAGAAGUACUUCCCGGGCUCCUGUGAUAUUGUGGGCCACGGGCAUCAGAUCUUCCAUGCCUUUCUGUCUGUCUGCACGCUCUCCCAGCUGGAGGCCAUCCUCCUGGACUACAAGGGGCGACAGGAGAUAUUCCUGCAACGCCACAGUCCCCUGUCCGUCUACACAGCCUGCCUCUCCUUCUUCGUCCUGGUGGCCUGCAGUGCCGCCACUGCAGCCCUCCUGAGACAAAAAAUCAAAGCCAGACUGACCAAGAAAGAUUCCUGAGGCUGGCAGGUGCGAUGAGGCGUGGAGGCAGCCUGUUGUGGUUUGGGGAAAACUUGAUACAACCAGGGGCGCUGACUUUUUGUUCUGAAGAGCGGGCUUUUCAAUGAGUGCACAUUUCCAGGGGUGGCUCUGGUUAUGGCACUGGGAGGCCCAAGGAUGCAAGAGCUUUGUGGUCAUUGUCAUUAGUGAGAGGACUGUUCCUUUCCCCGCUGGGCCACGGCCUUAGGAGACACAGAAAGGGACGGGACCUUGGCUUAGACUCGUCAGACACUGAAUAAAGAGCCACCUUCAUGCCUGAAAACUUAGCCAAGUUCUGACUGUGGCCUCCAGGGCAAGCCCUGGGCUGAAGGGAUAAUACAGUUGGACUGGACAGGGAGUUGGUGGCUGGACCACACUGUUUGAGAUGGGCAUCCUACCCAAUGUUGGUCUUUGGUGAUUGGAUACAUUGACCCAAGGGCCCGAUUUCAUUUGGAUUUCAGAUGGUCUGGGGUGGAGAAGUCAGAAUCUUCAAGACGAUUCAGUGAAACCCUUUGACGUAAUACAUUACUCGGUUCAUUUGACUUCUGGUCCUUCUUCCCUUGCCCACUGUAGCACUGACCCUUUUCUCAGGAUGAUGUCUGCCUGGCUGUCUUCUCGAACAUGCCGUUCACUCCCACCUGUACCUUGCGUGGUGACCUAGAGGCCGACGAAGCAGUCCUCCUUCCAGGAUAGGCCUGGAUCCUUGUGGACAUCCAGGAAGUUUACUCUCACAUAAUACUAAUGUAAACGGUACUAGAAAAUGCAGUGCCAAGGGCCCCCAUGUGGCCCAGCCAACAAGCAUGGAUACCGCUGGGUGUCCUGGGACCCUUCAGUUUUAGACUGGGCAUCGCAGGCUGACUCAAGAUUUAUUAGUGCUGCCGGAUCUGCGGCUUGCUCCAGAGAAUCUUCUCCAGAUGUUCAGCAUGUUCAGAAAACCCCUGGUAACAUGAAUUGGUUCUAAGAGUCCCACCAGGGGUUCGGUUAUUUCAAGAGGAACCCAGGGUCCAGCUGCUUAAAUAGAAGCUGCCCCAGAAAGGACCAUGCUAGUUCAGGGUCCUCAGCUUUAGAGCAGCUUCAAAUAAUCAAGCCCCAGGACAGGCAUGGGUGUGUGCGUGUGUGUGCGCGUGCGUGUGCGCGUGCGUGUGUGUGCACGCUCAUUGUGGGUUGGUCCCCGAAGGCUCCUUUGGGUAAGAGCAGUGAACCAGGCGUCCCGUAGGCAGAAUGCUCUGUUUAGGACAUCGCCGUCCAGCAGCUGCUAUGGGAUGGGUGGUACUUGCAGUCACCGUGUUCUGGCCACGCAGCCCUCCCUGAGGACUGACUUCUGCACUGAGCUGGUGAAGGGGGCGGCAGCGACAGGACUGUGGGAACCUCCCUAGAGGCUGCCUUUCUUAUCAGUAUGAGGUCUCUGUUGACUAAAAAGAAAAGUGGUUUUUCACUCCCUUUUGAUGAACCUCUUCUGUUACUGUUACUUUGUUGUCUUGGGGUCUCUGUUUUCUUCUUCUUGAGAGAUGUGUGGGGUUUGGGUCUUAUAAACGGAAACGUACAAACGCUUCACUUAAUACAUGGCCACGAUGAAUUUUCAAUUUUAGGAUCAUUAGGUUAAGAAAAAAGAAUUCAUUGCCCUCCAACCCGUGGAUGAAAGAAACUUCAGAACACCAGAAUCACUUACCAAUUCAGAAGACUCAACCAGUAUUUCUGUGUGUGGAGGGGGGAAUUCAGCGAAGCUUUCCUAUAACCUUUAUAUCAAGAAACCCUGUGUCUUGUUAGCUCCGUUGUUCCCCCAGAUGGAUUUCUCCUGUUAAUCGUCUAACCCCUGAACUUCUGUGCUACCCCAAUGUCUUACACAAGCUUCUGGUGUUCAGACCAAGUUCACCGCCAAUAAAGUUAGCAACACCGAA